AUGGCUCAAUAUCAGGCACAACUCCAAGGAUUUCUCGGCAAUCUCGACGCCAACACCAAGAGCUUCAAGUUCCUGGAUCAAUUCGAGACUAAGACCAACCUACCUCGCUCCUAUGCCGUGAUCAUUGGGGCUGUAGGAUAUCUUUUCCUUAUGUUUCUCAAUAUUGGAGGCAUUGGUCAAUUGCUUUCCAACUUGGCUGGUUUUGCCUUGCCUGCUUAUUUAUCCCUACAAGCACUUGAAACAACCACGACUAGCGACGAUACAAGGCUACUGACCUACUGGGUGGUGUUUGCAUUCCUCAACAUCGUCGAGUUCUGGUCCAAGGCGAUUCUUUAUUGGAUCCCAACUUACUUCGUUGUUAAAACCGUGUUUUUGUUGUAUUUGGCCCUGCCUCAGUACAACGGAGCCCAGAAGGUAUACCAGGCGCUAAUCAGACCAAUUGCGCAGAAAUAUGUCUUGAAGACCGAUGUCACUCACGACUUGUUGAACAAGGUUAAUGCGAAGAACGAGUAA